GCUUCUGUGAAAACAUCUCAAAAGAAAACUCUAUUUAAACCAUUUUAAAUGCUGUUUUAGUUAUUAAAAUCAUCAUAAACUUUUCAUUAACAUUAUUUUGAUUUAAGUUAAUGUGCAAUAAUGUCGGCCGAUCGAGAAAUACCAGCUGAAGAUUCGAUAAAAGUUGUGUGUCGUUUUCGUCCCUUAAAUGAUUCAGAAGAAAAAGCUGGAUCGAAGUUUGUCGUUAAAUUUCCACAGGGACAAGAAGAAAACUGCAUCUCUAUUGGCGGAAAAAUUUAUCUAUUUGAUAAAGUUUUCAAACCAAAUGCGACACAAGAAAAAGUUUACAGCGAAGCCGCCAAAUCAAUUGUUGCUGAUGUUCUUGCUGGCUACAAUGGAACGAUUUUCGCUUACGGUCAAACAUCGUCUGGUAAGACGCACACCAUGGAAGGUGUCAUUGGUGAUCCAACCAAACAAGGGAUAAUUCCACGAAUUGUGAACGACAUCUUCAAUCACAUUUAUAGCAUGGAAGUGAAUUUAGAAUUUCACAUUAAAGUCUCGUACUACGAGAUUUACAUGGAUAAGAUCAGAGAUCUACUGGACGUUUCAAAAAUUAAUUUGAGUGUACACGAAGAUAAAAAUCGCGUUCCUUAUGUGAAAGGUGCUACAGAACGAUUCGUGUCAAGUCCAGAAGAAGUUUUUGAGGUGAUUGAAGAAGGAAAAUCGAAUCGUCACAUUGCUGUAACAAACAUGAAUGAACAUUCGUCACGCUCACAUUCAGUUUUCCUUAUUAAUGUGAAGCAAGAAAAUCUUGAGAAUCAAAAGAAGUUGUCGGGUAAACUUUAUCUUGUGGAUUUAGCUGGUAGUGAGAAAGUUUCAAAGACAGGAGCAGAAGGAACUGUUUUGGAUGAAGCAAAGAAUAUUAACAAGUCAUUGUCAGCUCUUGGUAAUGUAAUUUCAGCACUUGCUGAUGGGAAUAAGAGUCACAUUCCUUAUCGUGACUCAAAAUUGACGAGAAUUCUGCAAGAAUCACUUGGUGGUAAUGCAAGAACGACAAUUGUUAUUUGUUGUUCACCUGCAAGCUUCAACGAGUCAGAAACCAAAUCGACAUUAGAUUUUGGUAAACGUGCUAAGACAGUGAAGAACGUUGUAUGUGUGAAUGAAGAGUUAACUGCUGAAGAGUGGAAACGACGAUACGAACGUGAAAAGGAGAAGAAUGGAAGACUCAAAGGGAAGUUGGAGAAGCUCGAAGCUGAACUUGCAAGAUGGAGGGCAGGAGAGAAAGUUGAUUUAGAUGAGCAGUUCAACAUGCAAGAUCCAAUGGAAGCAAGCACCCCAAAUGUCGAUGUGAUCGAAGCAGUUCCAGUGGUUGAAGGUCCAGUUCCUGCUACUCCAAGUGGCUUAGCGCUCAUUGGAUCAAUUUCUGGUGAUGAACGUACACGUCUUGAACAAGAACGUGAAAGAUUGUAUCAACAACUCGAUGAUAAAGACGAAGAAAUUAAUCAACAAUCUCAAUACGUCGAAAAGCUUAAGGAACAGAUUAUGGAUCAGGAAGAGCUCAUUGCAAAUUCACGUCGUGACUAUGAGAAUCUUCAGACAGAAAUGACUCGCAUUCAACAAGAGAAUGAGAGUGCAAAAGAAGAAGUAAAAGAAGUGCUUCAAGCUCUCGAAGAGUUGGCUGUCAAUUAUGACCAAAAAUCUCAAGAAAUUGAUAACAAGAAUAAGGAGAUGGACGCCAUCAAUGAAGAGCUACAACAGAAACAGCAGAAUCUUAAUUCAACAACAACUGAACUUCAACAACUCAAGGAUAUGUCGAACCAUCAAAAGAAACGUAUCAUUGAUUUGUUGGGAAAUUUACUUCGUGAACUUUGUGAAGUUGGACAAGCACUUAACACUGAAACGUCUUCCGAGUUGAAAAUUAAUGCUGAUGCGAACAUCAAUAAGAUUGAAGAGGAAUUCACUGUUGCUCGUCUUUAUAUCAGUAAGAUGAAGUCAGAAGCGAAGAAUAUCACGCAACGUUGUAGUAACUUGGAAGUUCAACAACAGACAACAUCAAAGAAGGUUGGAGAUUAUGAACGUGAGUUGAGUGAGUGUCGUUUGUUGAUAUCUCAACACGAAGCACGAAUGAAAUCACUACAAGAGUCGAUGCGUGAAUCUGAGAAUAAGAAACGUUCUCUUGAAGAAAGUGUCGAUGCUUUACGUGAAGAAUGUGCUAAAUUGAAAACAGCUGAGAAGUUGACAACAGUAAAUGCUGAAGAGAAGCAGAAAGCUGAACAAUUGCGUGUUGAGUUUGUCGAUCAAAUGGAUCAGUUGCGUGACGUUCACACCAAACAAGUUGCAAAUCUUCGUGAUGAGAUCAGCGAGAAGCAAGAGCAAAUCAAUGAACUUAAAGACGUUAAUCAAAAGCUCACUUUGGCACACCAGCAAACAUCAAACGAUUACGAGAAACUGAAGCAAGAAGAGGCUGGCAAAUCAGCACGUUUACAGGAACUCAUGGUAAACAACGAACGACGCGAACAAGCUCGAAAAGACCUCAAAGGAUUGGAAGAUACUGUGUCAAAGGAACUUCAAACUUUACAUAACUUGAGAAAAUUGUUUGUUCAAGAUUUACAAGCGAGAAUCAAGAAGUCAAUCAACUCAGAAGAUAAUGAAGACGAUGGUGGCUCGUUGGCACAGAAACAAAAGAUUUCAUUCUUGGAAAAUAAUUUGGAGCAAUUGACAAAAGUUCACAAGCAACUUGUUCGUGACAAUGCGGAUCUGCGUUGUGAAUUACCGAAGUUAGAGAAGAGAUUACGAACGACAAUGGAGCGAGUGAAAGCACUUGAAACUGCAUUGAAAGAAGCUAAAGAAGGUGCAAUGCGUGAUCGUAAACGAUAUCAAUAUGAAGUUGAUCGCAUUAAAGAAGCUGUUCGUCAGAAGAACUUGGCAAGACGUGGACCUCAAGCACAAAUUGCUAAACCAAUUCGUGCUGGUCAUGCACCAGUUCCACAAGGAAUCAGAGGUGGUCAAGGAGUUCCGCAAAAGAUUAUUAGCGAUGACAGGAGGAAAUCAAUGAAAGAUUUCGAACAAAGUUGAAUCAACAAUUAAUUCAAUGGAGUGCAUAAAUUAGGAAGCUGAAGCAAAGCAUGGUUUUUAUUUUAUUUUUACGACAACAAUUCUUAAGCAUCUUCAUGUUGGUUCAUACCACUUCUUUAAAGAAGAAAACAAAACUAAUAAUAAAAUGAUUUCCUCACACAACGUCGUCUUUAAAGUUCUCGCCGCUGCUGAUUGUAAUGCAAAGCAAACAUAAAUUUUCUUGGCUGCUUCAUACUUUAGACGCAAAAGUUUUAUGAAGUAAGAGAAAUAAUAUUUGAAGAGAAAAAGUUAAUGAUCCGAAGAAAGCUUAUUCGUCUCAAGAAGUUUCUUAAACUUUUCUCAUGUUUUUUUAAUGUUUUCCUCUUUUUUUAUGGUUUUAAUUCAAUGUCAAAUUUUUGUUCUUUGCUUUUAAUUCAAUGUUAGGUAUUUUUCAUUCUCAGUCGUGCAUUAACAAAUAAUUUCAACAUUUACAGAGAAUAAGAAAAGUUACUUAACAAUUUUAAUGUUUCCUUUUUCUACGUAAUAAAAUUUUAAAACUUUUAUAGGUCAUUUUUGUUGAAAUUCGUUGAAAAAAAUUUUCCCCUCAACUUUUAUGUAAAGAAAACAUUGAGAAUCGCAAAAAAGAAAUAAAAUUAUGCUUUAUUUGUGAUAAAGAAAAGUGAAAAGAAUAAUAAUGAUAAAUGUAGAAUUUUGCUACUGCAAAAAGAGAAGUGAAAACAAUUUAAUUACAUUGCUUAAGGUGAACGAAAAAGUUCCCAGGAAUCACAAAUAUUUGAGCUUGCCAAGCAGAAAACCCAAAAAAAAAAGGAUAAUUCAAGAUAAAUUAUAAAAUCACGCGAAGCUUCGAAAUUCCUUGGAUGAUAAAAAAUAAGAGCAAAGUUUGAUUUUUCUUUUUGUUACUGAAAAUUUGAUGGCGCUAAUUGACGAACCAGUAAUUUGUUCUACACAUUCAUUGUGAAACAUUAAUUUAUAUCCCAAAUUUAGUAGAUUUAUACUCAUUUAGAUCAUUCAUAAAUAAUUAUUUUGUAAGUUUCAUUUUUUUGUAGUUUAAUUGACUUUAUUUGCACCCCCAAUCAUCCUGAAAACCUUUUUUAUAAUUAAUUAUUUAAAAUAGUUUGUUCAGCACAAUCCAGUUAAAGUGUAAACCACCUGACGAUAACUUAUCUCUGAUUGAGCAUAAAGCCCGAAUAAUGAAAGCGAAUAAAUAAAAAAAUAAUUUUGAUUUAAAAGCAUAAAA